GGCAUUAACUCUUGCAUUUUCAGUCUGAAAGUUCUGAUCUCCCACAUUUUUCGUAACUUGAUAACCACCCACAACAUAACCCAGUAUAAAAAAACCAAGCUUCCUUAUGUCUUGGCGGCAGAGAUUCAAAUCCAGAGUUGGUUCGAUAGGUUUCAAUAGACAACAAGAGUCUCAGACCAUGUCAGGUGCAGGAGUGCGGUUGCAUAAUCAGGGUCCCCAUGUGGUUAUGGAUAAUGGCAUAGUCCAAGUCACCUUAUCAAACCCAGAUGGUAUUGUCACCGGAAUACGAUAUAAUGGGAUUGACAAUUUGCUUGAACCUCUCAAUCCUGAACAUAAUAGAGGGUAUUGGGACCUUGUCUGGAGUGGACCAGGAGUUAAGGGAACAUUUGAUGUGAUAAAAGGUACUACUUUUAGGGUUAUUGUGGAGAAUGAGGAACAGGUCGAGCUCUCGUUUACAAGAACGUGGGAUCCCUCUCUUGAGGGGAAAUAUGUUCCCUUAAACAUAGACAAAAGGUUUGUAAUGCUUCGUGGUUCCUCGGGCUUCUACUCCUAUGCAAUUUAUGAGCACCUGAAGGAUUGGCCUGAUUUUGAGAUUGGUGAAACCAGAAUAACUUUCAAACUGAGAAAAGACAAGUUCCAAUACAUGGCUAUAUCAGACAACAGGCAAAGAUACAUGCCCCUACCUGAUGACCGGAUGCCAGGAAGAUGCCAGCCCCUGGCUUACCCAGAAGCUGUCCUACUUCUGAAUCCCAAGAUGCAAGAGCUUGCCGGAGAGGUAGAUGACAAGUACCAGUACUCAUGUGUGAACAAAGACAAUCAAGUUCAUGGUUGGAUAUGCACCAACCCACCAGUCGGCUUUUGGCAGAUCACACCAAGUGAUGAAUUCCGGUCUGGUGGACCUCUGAAACAGAAUCUAACCUCACAUGUUGGCCCCACCACUCUUGCAAUGUUUCAUAGUUCUCAUUAUGCGGGACAAGAUCUGGUGCCAAAAUUUAGAGGUGGUGAACCAUGGAAGAAGGUUUUUGGCCCUGUUUUUAUCUAUCUCAAUUCUGUGGGAAUUAGAGAUGAUCCAUUCUUUUUUUGGGAAGAUGCUAAAAUUAAGAUGAUGGCAGAAGUCCAAAGCUGGCCAUAUAGUUUUCCAGCUUCUGAGGAUUUCCAAAAGUCGGAUCAACGGGGUAAUGUGAGUGGUAGACUACUUGUCUUGGACAGGUAUGUUAGUGAAGAAUAUAUACCAGCAAAUGAUGCUUAUGUUGGUUUGGCUCCACCAGGAGAUGUAGGAUCAUGGCAACGAGAAUGCAAGGACUAUCAAUUCUGGUCGAGGGCAGAUAACAGAGGUUACUUUUGCAUUAACAACAUACGUACUGGCACGUACAAUCUUUAUGCCUGGGUCCCUGGUUUUAUUGGAGAUUACCGGUAUGAAGCAGUCAUUAACAUAACCUCAGGUUCUUUUACUGAAAUGGGUGAUCUUGUGUAUGAACCUCCAAGAGAUGGGCCUACAUUGUGGGAAAUAGGCAUUCCUGAUCGUUCCGCUGCAGAGUUUUAUGUUCCCGAUCCCGAUCCGAAGCAUAUUAAUAAGCUUUUUGUUAAUCAUCCUGACAGGUUCAGGCAGUAUGGUCUGUGGAACAGAUAUACCGAAUUAUAUCCUCAUGAAGAUUUGGUUUAUACUGUUGGUGUUAGUGAUUAUAGUAAAGAUUGGUUCUUUGCUCAGAUUCCCAGGCAAAAGGACAACACACAUGAAGGAACAACAUGGCAAAUUAAGUUCAAACUUAACAAUGUGGAUCGAAACGUUACCUAUAAACUGCGAGUGGCAAUUGCAUCUGCAACUCUAGCUGAAAUGCAGGUUCGUAUCAACGAUCCAAACGCAAGACGACCUCUAUUUACGACUGGACUGAUAGGGAGAGAUAACUCAGUUGCGAGACAUGGAGUUCAUGGGAUCUACUGGCUGUUCAACAUCAAUGUACCGGGUGCUCAGCUUGUUGAGGGUGAUAAUACUAUCUUCCUGACACAACCAAGAUGCACCAGUCCUUUCCAAGGGCUUAUGUAUGAUUACUUACGACUUGAAGGCCCCCCAUCUUGUGGUUCGAGCCCGUCUUAAGUACGAAAUUCAUAUAUUUAUAUGUAAUAUUUGAUUUGCAUUUUCAUAUUUGUAGUUGAAUCCUGCUAUAUGUUUGAUAUAUGGUCUUAUCCGAUGACUUA